AUGCCGGCUGCCACGAGCGAAGCGCCGGCUGUGGCCCUUUCCUUCGCCAACAACUUCUGGGGCAAGGAUGAUGCUGGUGUUCAACCUCUCCUCGAGCGCAUGUCCGCUGCCAAAACCACAUGCGAUGAGCUUAAGAGCUUCUACACAGCGCGGGCAAAGAUCGAAGAGGAAUACUCCCGACUACUUCUCAACCUCAGUCGCAAAUCCCUUGGAUCGCAAGAGUCUGGAACCCUACGAGUCUCCCUUGAUACCGUCCGGCAAGAGGUGGAAUCCAUGGGCAAGCAACACCAGGCCAUCGCCGCCCAAAUGAGAAGCGAACUCGAAGAACCACUAGUCGCCUUCGCAGGCGGCAUGAAGGAGCGCCGCAAGAUCAUCCAGAACACAGUCGAAAAACUACUGAAAGUCAAGGUACAGCAGACCCAGGCUGUGAACAAAACAAGAGACCGCUAUGAGCAGGAAUCUCUCAAAAUCAAGGGAUACCUCGCUCAAGGACACAUGGUCAUGGGCCAGGAGGAACGAAAGAACAAGGCUAAACUCGAAAAGACACAGAUUAGCCUCGCCAACUCCAAUGCCGACUACGAAGCUGCCGUCAAGGCUCUGGAGAAGACUACCGCCCGCUGGAACACAGAGUGGAAGGCCGCCGCUGACAAGUUCCAGGACCUGGAGGAGGAAAGACUGGAUUUCACAAAGAGUAGUCUCUGGACGUUUGCUAACAUUGCCUCUACCGUUUGCGUCAGCGAUGAUGCCUCGUGCGAGAAGAUCCGCUUGUCGCUGGAGAAGAUGGAGGUUGAGAAGGAUAUUGCUACUUUCAUCAAGGAGAAGGGCACUGGCCAGGAGAUUCCGGACCCUCCCAAGUACAUCAACUUUUGCCGGGGUGAUGUCGAUGCCCAAUCCGAGGCUUCGGUCGAACCAGAUAGCGACGCCUUCUCGGUCGCCCAGUUCCCAAGGAGCAUCAACCCAGCCUUCCGCUCGUCAUCGCCACAGCCGAGCACAUACGAGUCGCAUCACGAUCCCAAUAACGCAUUGUUGAAGUCGCUAGGCCAUGAUAUCUCUGUGGGUGUUAACGGCAGUCGCGAGACCACGGCCACACCCUCCAAACUUCCAACCAUUCCGCCAACGGCACUGACGAUGCCACCUCAGCAACAACAGAUUGAAGCCCCUCCUCCCCAACAGCAACCGGUGCCGCCGCCGCAGCAGCAGCAACAAUUAGUACAACAGAGACCCCAGUUACAGCAGAGGAGGACCACGCAGCACAACCUUCACGAGGAACAGCGGAGGCAGCAGCAACAGCAGGUGGCAAGGGUUUCGCAGAGUUCACGUGCCGCCAACAACGUUGACAGAGGAGAUAAGAGUAGCGAACCGACGUUGGAAGAACUGCAACAACAGCUGCAGCAGUCCACUGGUCCUGUCUCGCCUGUGAAGCAGAUACAACAGCAGCAGCAGCUACCGCAGACGCCGCAAACCCCGCUCGAUUUGGUUCCCGCUAAUGGUGCACAGUCUGGCUCGGCCUCGCCUGAGAAAAAGGAGUUGCCCAAGAGGAAGAGUGGCUUCUUUGCUAACAAUAGCCCCUUCAGGAGGAAGAGUACCAAGGAGCUUCAGCAGGAGGCCACCAGGAGCAGUGGAAGCAGGCAGACUUGGUAUGGAGGGCAGAGUGGACAAAGUGGACAGAGUAGCAGUAUGGGCAACAGGACGCCCAGAGCUAAUAAUGCCAGUCCGACCAAGGAGAACAACACACCUCUCGGCAUUGAACGGUCCGUCAGCCCUGAUCCUAUUGCUGCUAAUGCCAGCUUGGCUCUGAAUAUUGGCGGAAACGUAUUUGCUGUCGAUGCCCUCGACAAGCGGAAGGGUCAACAGCAGCAGCAACAGCAACCGGCACCCGAUGCCGAUCCCAUUGCCCUGGCUUUGGCUGAGUUGAAGGGUGUUACUAGCAACACUGGAAAUCAGAGCAGCACGAGCCGGACUGAGAUGAACAAGCAAAUGUCCGUCCGCAUGUCAGCAGAUCACUACCACGGCAUCACUACACCUGCUCCUCCUGGCGCUGGUGGCCCUCAGCCAGCCGGGAACAUCUCCCCGGGUGGGCGGAACGCCAGCUCUCACAGCAUGCACAACAGCCGAAGCACCAGUGACUUGGCCUUGCCACCCGUUAUCCCCGGCGCCAGCAACGGUACACGCGCCACUCCUCCGCCAUCCUACGACGGCAUGCAAGGCGCCAUGGUACCCGUCUCGCGUCUCGGUGUGCCGCCUCCCGCUGUCACCAGCAGAGCCAUGAAGGAAGCCAGCUCAAAAUUCCAAGCCCAAACACGGAGUCUGUUCUCUAACGGAGGCAGCUCCAGCGCGCAAGACCAACGGUCCAGUUCCUCUUCCGCCAACUACCAGAGCCGGCCCCGCGGUGGAAGCACCGAGAUCCCUCGCGCUGCCAGCCCUCGUCCCGGCUCGCGCGCUGCUUCUCCACGUCCCGGCAGUCACGCCGCUUACGGCAGCAGCUGGUCCGGGCCCGGUAACAACGCCUCCGAAGAUCGCGGCUACCGCUCCGCCUCUCCCAACCCCUACGGCGGCUCCUCCAACCCAGGCAGUAUGAACAGCCGCCACGCGCACUCCCAGUCCAUGGGACCCACCGGCGUCCCCGCCCAGGGUCAACAACCCCGUCGUUCAGACACGCAGUACACCCGCCACGGAAGCAUGGACUACCGCGGCUCUUCAUCAUCCAACAUUUACCAAGCCGCUGGCGGCGGCAGCGGCGGCGGCAGCGGCGCCGUGUCGCCAGUUGACAUGGCCCGUUCCGUUUCCCCAUCACCAUUCACCAGCGGCGUAAACCGCCCGGGAUCUAGUCUUGACCACACCCAGAACCACAUGCAGCUCGCUCACUACGGACCUGGUGGUGUUGGCCAAGGCCAAGGGCAGCCAGAUGAUGGGUACACGAGCGGUAGCUCGAUGCGCGGCCGGUACGGCACGCAAUCUGGUGGAAGGCCAGAUUCGAGCAGGGAAGCGACCACAGGGACUAGAAUGAGCUUCUACGGCGAUGGACAGAUGGUGCCGGCUUCGAUGAUGGUGGGCGGUGGCAGUGGCGGAGGAACGGUACAUGGCCGUGGGAGGAGUAAGAGUGUGGUGGAUGCGGGACGAGCUGGGGGUGGACAGGGGGCAGCGGAUGGGAGACAGUAUACGAGGGAUGGGAGGGUUAUUAUUCAUUUUGCCAAAGCAAUGUACAUGUACCAAGCGGCCAUUGCGGAGGAGCUGGGCUUUGCCAAGGGCGAUAUCUUGGCCGUGUUGAGACAUCAGGAUGAUGGAUGGUGGGAGGCCACGGUGCAUGGUGGGAAUGGACAGGUUGGGCUGGUGCCGAGCAAUUAUUUGCAGGUAUUGUAG